AUGAUCUAUGGAUCGAAUAUGAUCGAGGAAGCUGGCGCAGGGUUUGAUGUGAAUUUCAAAUUGUGUAUGAAGAUUUUACAGGGUGAAUACGUUCCUGGGGAUAUCGACGACUCGGAACAGGAUAAGGACUAUACCAUCAUCAAACAGGAGCGCAUGCGUUCGAAGCUUUCUGCAAAUACUGCUGCUGUUUACAAAGUCGCCGUGGAUGCGGAAAGUACACCAUGGGAAGAAUAUAGCGGCUCUUAUCGCUCUGUUGAUGUCAGCGUUGAUUUUCAUACAUUUCCUAACGCCUCACUCGUUCCGUCAAAAAUGAAAGACAUGAUUAAACAACUCGAAUUCGAUUUUUCACAGGCUGUAGUAUCGGGUCUUCAUUCAAUCAUGCCUGCGGCUAAGUACACACAUAUCUUUGUCAACAUCCCUUCGUCGACGGAAUCGUCGUUUUUGCCGUCUGAUCUUGAACUCGAUGCUGUUGAAAUUUGGGGGCUUCAUUCCGGUGCAUCUACUCUUGAGGAUACCUUUGACGGUCGUGAAGAGGAGGAAAAGCCGGUUAUGCAUAAGGAGAUAUACCAAAUGCUGCGUGUUCGAUGGUGA